AUGACACACAUAAAUCUAAAACUAUUAGGAAAACAAGACAUAAGACAACAACUUUCUAGUGCGUAUCGGUUAAAUAUCAAACAAUACAAUGAAAAAAUAAGUCAUAAUCGUUAUAUAUUGAAUAAAAUAAUAAAUUGUAUUAAAUUUUGUGGAGCAUUUGAACUUGCACUCAGAGGUCACGAUGAAAAAUCAAAUUCAGAAAAUCCCGGCGUAUUUCGAGGUCUUAUAAACUUUAGUUCAGAGUUAGAUUCGGUACUAAAAUGUCAUAUUGAGAACUCUUCGGUAUUUAAAGGUUUAUCCAAAUCAAUCCAAAAUGAUUUACUAGAAUGUUGUUUAGCUGUAUGUCAACAAAGAAUUAAAAAUGAAAUAAAACGAGCAGAAUAUAUUUCUGUAAUGGCUGAUGAAACAACUGACGUAUCUGCUCAGUUUCAAUUGUCAAUAAUAUUUAGAUAUUUACUAUCGGAUGGAACACCAGUAGAAAGGUUUUGGGGAUUUUUCAAUCCUACUGGACAUGAUGCGAAAUCGUUGUCUGAAUGUAUAAUAUUCAACUUGGAAAAAGUCCUAGAAUCGCCAAAUAUGUUGAUUUGUCAGAGUUACGACGGCGCAAAUGUGAUGAGUGAACGUCUCAAUGGUGUACAAAAAAUAAUAAAUAAUAGUUAUAAAAAUUCACAUUUCAUACAUUUCUAUGCUCAUCAGCUUAAUUUAGUUUUAAUUCAAGCAACUUCACAAAAUCGUGAGAUAAGGANAGAAAUUGAAUCAACAUUUAAUCAAACCAUAGCAAUUAAUCAAGCUGGAGCUUUGAAUCGGAUGUUAAAUGAUGAUAAAUUUAUAUUUUGGUUAAGAGUGUUUCAUUCUUUAAUGCCUCAUGUUGAUAUUUUAUAUAAUCAACUACAAAAACAAACUAUGGAUCCUGUAGAACUUUCAAAGGCAAUUUUUCGGUUCGAAGAAAAUAUAUUAAAAGAAAGACAGAAUAUUGAUAACAUCGUUGAAACCUCUCAAAAUCACCCAACAAAAAAACGAAGACAAGAUGAUACUAUUGAAACAAGAAAAAUCGCUACAAAAGAAGUAUGUGAUAUUUUUAUUGUCAACGUUAAAGAACGUUUUGAUUAUAAAAAUCACUUAAAUGCUUCGCACCUAUUUUUAUCCACCAAAUUUCCUAUGUACGAAAAUAACUUCCCAAAUGACCAUUUUAGUAAAACCGUUGAAGCAUAUCCUUUUUUGGAUGUUAUUAAACUUAAAACUGAACUACAACUGUUCUACAAAAGAACCGAUUUUCGUGAUAUGAAUUCAUCAGUUCAUUUAUUGAAAUUUAUAAUUGAAAAUAAUUUAACACUGGUAUUUUCUGAAAGCUACAAACUUUUAAAAAUAAUUUCAACUGUUCCAAUGACUACAGCUGAAGCCGAGAAAUCGUUUUCUACAGUGAAACGUAUUAAAACAUUUUUGAGAAAUUCAAUGACGGAAGAUCGACUUACAGCACUAGCAAUGUUAUCGAUCAAAAAACGGAUGAUCAACAAUAUUUCAAACUUCAACGAAGAAGUAAUAAACAGGUUUGCAGAAAAAAAGAUAGAAGAAUCGAUUUAA